CUAAUGUAUCACCGAUUCGACACGCUGAGAAGCUCCAGCCCGCCUCAGCCUUAUUUCUGCCACAUCCCUGCACCCAUACACACUUACAUCCAUUGUCUAUGUCGGCAGCAGGGCCGCAAGGUGCAGAUGAGCGAACACGGCCGGUCUCUCCGUCCGUGGCUCAGCACCGAGUAGCACCCGGCCCAGAGGCCAGAGGCCCCGUCAGACCUCUCACAAAACACGCAUGGCCUGGGCUGUUACAUGCGACCUCCCUCCUGCCCAUCGUUCCGGCUACUAGUCGUCUCGCCGCCGACCACCAUUCGCCGUGGCGUCUCAGUCCUCAUGCAGUGCUUCCCUCUGCUUUUUGUGCGCGUGUACGGCACACGAUGGCUUCUCACCCCCUUUCCGUCCCGUCCCAUCUCAUUUGAGCCGGACGGGCUGGCGGUGGCUGCUGUGGUCCUCCACUGUGCGUCCGCCCCUCCCGUCGCCUUCGCCUCGUUCUGCGUGUCCGCUUCCAGGUGAUCCGGCUCGACUUGCCAAGCCUCCUGCUCUCUCAGCCUCUGCCGCUUCUUCGCUCUGCUCUGCUCCUGCUCCUGCUCCUGCUCCUGCUCCUUUUGCGUCGCAUCUUUUUACCUGGUGGCUUCCUGCUGUCUCACACCUCCGCUUCUCUUCCUGCCGCCAGCGAUGCGGAGGAGGAUGAGGGGAUGUGGGAGAGGGAGAGGGAGAGUGAACCGAUGCCCGUGAUUCCACUCGUGGGCUGCCUGCUGAGCGCAGGUCUAGGCUGCACCCGCGAACCAUAUGUAUGACGAGCUGCGAGGGCCCAGCCGCUGCAGCCUUGUCGACCCGUACCAGCGCUCGACCGCAGAGCUGACCUGCUCGGCCUGACCUGAAAUACAUCUUGGCCCCCAAAAAGCAUGGGUUGUCUCUCCCCCUGGUUCCUGAGCUUCUCCUCCUCUCACCCAUCCUCAAAUAGUUGCAUUCGUUCUUGUUUGGUACGAUAAGUUGCACAUUCCAUCAGAGUCCUGUUGUAUCCCCGAUUUCCAAGCCCUAUCAAGUGAAGAACCAGGCUUGGAGCGCUGGGGCACUCCGAAGUGCAUGUGUUGCUUUCCCCGAAGACGUGCAAGUCCGGUCUUGAACAAGUUUCUUGGUUCAUCAUAGUGUCUCUUUGCCUCACUCCGGCGAAAGCCCCCUCAAUCCUCUGCGGUGGUUCGCUCGUUGCCUCGCCCUGCAAGCCUUAAAGCGCACAUCGUCGCCCGAGGCUUUCUUGCACCCCGCCCGAGGCACACUCCAGCCUGCCAUUCUUGAAGUCGAACUGCCAGACUUGUUGUGAAUUUCAUCAUGUCGGUUUCGAGCUUCUCUGAGGACGAGGGGCCAUGCCCAGGAAACUCCAAGGGGGGCAACAGGCGGCGUCGUCAGGAACCCAAGACACCACAACAGAAGAUAGAUGACUUUUGGGACAAAUACAAGACCAAGGCUCCCGGGAAGGCCACUUCCAUCAUCCCACAACAGAAUGACUUCUCAGACCGGGCAGCCAAGCGUGCCUCGGCCAAGUGCCUCGGCCCGGCCAAGACAACCCAGCAGUCCUACGAGGACGCGGCGGCACAAUGCCGGCACAAGGUCGCCCAGAUCGUCCGGGAGUGCCGCCGGGUCAACCAGAAGUACCGGGACCCGCACUUUGAUCUGGAGAUCGACCUCAAGCUCAACCGCCGGGACUGCCUGGACUCGCUGGACAACGUCAAGGACGACGACGACCGCGGCGACGACUACUGCCGCGACCCGGCGCCCAAGGACCGCCUCGACAUGCUGCAGCCGCCGCCCCCCAUGUCCGCCACCAGCGCCCUGGGGGUGCUGGACCGCAUCGAGAGGGAGACCGCCGCCGCCGCCAGCCCGGAUGGGGACGGCGAGUCGAGGCUCCGCCCUCUCGCGGUCAAGAGGGUUGUGGACAUAUUUGACGAGCCCAGGUUUUUCAUUGACGGGCCCACGGCCCACGACGUCCGCCAGGGUAGAGACGGUGACUGCUGGCUCAUGGCUGCAUUGUGCACCAUUAGUAACAAGCCUGGCCUGAUCGAGAAGUGUUGUGUGGCUCACGACCAAGAGGUUGGCGUCUACGGAUUUGUAUUCCACCGGGACGGUGAGUGGUUCAGUGAGAUCAUUGACGACAAGCUGUACCUUACAAAACCUGAUUAUGACGAGCGGUGCUUGGAACGUGUGCUCUGGGAAGACAGAGAGAGGGUCAAUUCUGAGGAAGCGUACCGAAAGAUCUACCAGUCCAACAGUGGUGCACUGUACUUUGCCCAAUGUGAGAAUCCGAACGAGACGUGGCUCCCGCUCCUCGAGAAGGCCUAUGCUAAAGCCCACGGCGACUACUCCGCCAUCGAAGGCGGCUAUGGGGGCGAGGGGAUCGAAGAUCUCACCGGCGGCGUGACCUCGGAGAUAUACACGACCGACAUACUCGACAAGGAGCACUUCUGGACAGAGGAACUCAUGAAAGUCAACCAAGACUUUCUGUUUGGAUGCUCCACUGGGGUCUGGGGUCGCGGCUGGGGCGAGCGAAAGGGUAUCGUCGAGCUCCACGCAUACUCUGUCCUCAAAGCCCGCGAGAUCGACGGUGUGCGCCUGGUGCUCCUCAAGAACCCCUGGGGAAAGCACGAGUGGAAGGGCGCGUGGUCGGACGGGUCCAAGGAGUGGACGGGGGAGUGGCUGACAAAGCUCGACCACAAGUUCGGGGACGACGGCUCCUUCUGGAUCUCUUAUGACGACCUCCUCAAGAAGUACCAGGCGUUCGACCGAACCAGGCUCUUCGACUCGAGCUGGAGGGUCGCGUCGAUCUGGACGACCCUCAACGUGCCGUGGACUCUGGACUAUCAUGACACCAAGUUUGCUUUCUCACUCCUGAAGCCCGGCCCGGUCGUCAUUGUGUGCUCGCAGCUCGACGAGCGCUACUUCAAGGGCCUCGAGGGCCAGUAUCGGUUCGAGUUGAGCUUCAGGCUGCACAAGUCCGGAGAAAAGGAUUAUGUUGUGCGAAGCCAGGGCUACUACCGCAUGAAUCGCAGCAUCAACGUAGAGCUAGAACUUGAGGCGGGCGAUUAUGUCGUCGUCGUAAAGAUCGACGCCUUGCGCAACGAGCAGAUCAUGCCUGUCGAAGACGUGAUACGAGCGUUCGCCAAGGAAAGGAGAGAGAAGCUGCUCCGCAUUGGCUUCGCGUAUGACCUCGCGCACAGCAAGGGAAGGAUCAUCGAGACGGUCGAGGAGAAAGCCGCAAGGGAGAAGUAUGAGAAGAAAAAAAGGGACAGGGAAAGGAAGAAGAUGGCCAAGAUGAUAAUGAAGCAGAAAGAGGAGGACCGCAAACACGCAAUCAGACAGACGUUGAAGAAGAAGAAAGCGAUUGAUAAGGCCAGAGCCCGUGCGAAGGCCAGAGACGAGAGGCGUAAGGCGAAAAGGGAGGCGAAGGAGAAAGCCGAAGAGGAGCAGAGGAAAAAAGAAAAGGAAGGGGAUAGUGCGAACAAGCCCCAGGAAGAUUCCGUGACCAAGAAAGGCGAAGCUUCUGCCGAGGACAAGGUCACAGAGGGCACUCAAACGACGCCUGACAACAAGGACAAUGACACCCAGGCUGUGACAGCCGCCACAAAUGAUGCCAGACCUGAGAUACCAAGCAUUACAGAGGAUCCCAAGGAAAACAACGAUUCAAGCACCGAGGCCGGGGAUAAUACGCCCGCGUCGAGCACGAUAUUCGAAACAGGACAUGUGGAGCCCGAAGAGACACAGGAAGAAGAUGCGUACGUAACGGCCGCCGAGGAGGAAAGCGACAGCCAGCCAACGGCGUCUACGGCGACAAGCACCGGACAAGAACCACCUCCCACGCCCAAGGCUUCCCAGCCCAAGCCUCAGCAGGCGAUCCCAAGCCCAAAGGCCGCAGACAAGGCCCGACGACCGCCUCACAACCAUGUGGAUAUUGGCGUACAGACAGGCCCUGGGCUCCCUUCGCCCCCGCGAGCCCAUGGCCCACCCCCGGGUUAUAUCUACUCGCCGCCGCCGCCGCCGCCACCCGGUGGCCGAAUGUAUGGCCCUCCGCGAGGCAAUCGCCAUCAGUUACCGCCGCACCUUCGUGGAAUCCCGCCGCCCAUGGGUGGGAUGCUGCCGCCUCCGCCGCCCCCCGGCGCGCCCUCUUCUUACUUCACCUCGGACGCCUCAACCGACGACGGCGUCGAGGAUUUGGACUCGCUGUCCGAGGUGAGUGACCACGAGAUCGAUCUCUUCCUCGAGGCACAGGAGAAGCAACGUGCGGCAGCAGCGAGGGCAGCCAAGGCGCAGCAUUCCUCGAGCUCGACGCCGCCGAGCGGCCCGACUUGUGAGGACGAGCUCAACGAGUUCGAGAAGGAUCCAUGGAAUGCCGUCGGGGUCUUCGGGCUGAGGAUAUACUACAAGUCGGACGGCGGGCCUGGCGACAACGAGGUGGUGAAGCUGCGGGUGGAGAGGCCCAACCCGUGGGCAUGGGAGGACGACAGCGACGACGAGGCAGACGAUGAGAAGGAUAAGGGGAAGGGAGAUGACUCGAAGGACGCCAGGCAGGAGAGCCAGGUGCUUGAUAUUGAUGAUAGCGGCAAGGACGCCAUCGCCGAAAACGUGACCGCGGAGGAGAAAGAGGAGGACAAGAAGGAGCUUGGGGGGGAAGCCUCGUCGGACAAGAGCUCUGACGACGCGAAGGUUGUGAAGAAGGCGGACGACUAUAAGAAUGAGUGUGACAGCCCAAAGGACACGGAGACCGACAAGAGGCCCGGAGAGAAGACAAAGGUUGAACGGCCAGAACAGCAGGCCGAAGUGUCUGCCAAGGAGGGGGCAGGGCCGGAGACGUAAGUAUCUCCUGUGGGAACGUCCAGGAUCUAUCUGGUUCGGGGUGAUUGGCUUAUAAUUUUGGUGCGUAUAAUGAUUGGAUACUUUAAUGGCGGAUACCCAGCUCUUCCUCGAAAAGGUGACCUCUUGGGUCUAUGUAUCGUCUCGGCUCAAUUUAGCUUGAGUGAAUGCCUUUACAGGCCGGCCAGAAUAGAAGCCAGCUAUUCAUCGUGUGCCCAUGCCCAGCCUGCCUUGGCGUGAUUGCGGCCGGGAACCUGAGCCCCGAGCUUGUAUCUGGGAACACCGACUCCAGUGUGUCCAGUGAUCGUUUCGCCGACUUCUGCAGUCCUUGGACCUACCUAAGUAGGUAACCAAUGCCGGCCUCCUCGCGACGUUGGCGACGUUGGAGCCAGAGCUCACAAAGGUAGAAGCCCUCGGAACACGGCACGGAAGUGCCUCUGAACCCUGCUCCAGGAUCAACCAAAGGCUUCCAACAGCCCAUCCACUUUCCUCCUCUCCUCGACCUCGACAUCAUCCACAAUCAUGGCGUCGCCGUCGCCAAACAAGUCGUCAUCGUCAUGACGGCCAGCCUCCCUCUCCUUCAGCCUCGCCACCUUGUCCCCAACGCGCACGAGAAGCACACGCAUGCGCUGGAGCUCCUUCUCAAGCUCGCUGCCACGGGUGACGAGGUUCUCCUGGACAGGCCCUGGCUGGCCUGAGGAUGCCUCGGCAUCGUUGGUGUCGCCGCUGAACGGGGCGAGCAGAGCCCUCAUCCGGCGCAGCCUCUCCACGCGGGUCCGGGCCUCAUCCCUCCGUGCCGCCAGCCCACGCAGCCGGCCGGCGAGCUCGGCAUAGCGCGCAGCCUCGACGGGGUAAGCGGCGGACUCCCUCUCGGACUCCCAUGCCGGCGGCAGCGAGGAAAUGACUGCGGCGUCGGCAUAGUCGGCGCCCAUGUUCCUCCAUGCGUCGUCGUCGUCAUUGUCGUCGGCGUCGUCAUCACCGGCUACCUGCCCGUCCCCGGCGCUGAGGUACAGCCUGUCGACCUGCUCGGCGAUCUGGCGCGUGGCCUGGGGAACGUGGACGCGGCGCGAGUGCUGCUGCAGGGUGUGGUUCAGGCGGAAGAGCGCGUCGUCCACGGCCUUGUCUGUCAGCGCGGCUGCUCUCUCAUCGUUUGCGGCGGCCUCGUUGCCGCGCCUCCAGGCGCGGCUGGGCUGUAGUGGCUGUGAGAGGAGACGCGUCUGGGUGGUGAUGAAGUUUUGCUUGAGGGUGAGGAUGGUGGGCGCCGGCGGCGCCAUCCUGAACAAGGAUGAUAAGGCGGUUGAUGACGUACUUGCUGGUUACGAUACGAAUGGCUCUGGACUCGUGCAGCUCCUGAUAGCAUGGAGGCAGUUGAGGUGAAGGAAGGUAGGCGUGGUUGGACUUGGGGCGGGUGGGUCGGCAGCAGUAACGGGGUCUGCAGAACUAAAAGUCAACAAGGUGACCGACCAUUCAUUCU